AUGGUGCGACCAUCACCACGGAGCAACAGCCGUCUGAGCAUGACGAGCAAACAUGGCGGUGGAAGCAAAGCCUCCGACGAAGACUCCCGGACGGCCGUCAAAGUUGCGAUCGACUCACCACAAGGAAGGAAACUAUUCGUAUUUGAUCGCGUUUUUGGCUCCGAUGUUGAACAAGAAGGCAUUUGGGACUACUUGCAGGAUUGCGUCGGCGCUUUCAUCCAGGGCUACAAUGUAUCGCUGUUGGCGUAUGGCCAGUCUGGCGCUGGAAAGUCGUACACGAUGGGCACGUCAGGUCCUAUCGAUCAGGACGACCUCGAGGUGAUGGGCGUUAUUCCCCGAGCGGCGACGGCUUUGUUCGAAAAGCUCGACGGCCCGAAGAAACAAGCGAAUCGUGGCUCCAUGUCUCAGCUAAGAGCACCACAUAGAUACUCCGCCCAACCAUCGUCGACCUCAGCAGCGGACAGGACAUGGUCUUUAAAAGCGACAUACCUCGAAAUUUACAACGAGCAACUGCGCGAUCUGCUUCUUCCGGACCACGUUCCACAACAUGAGCGUGGCAACGUCACAAUUCGUGAAGAUGUCAAGGGCAACAUCAUCCUGACCGGCCUGCGACAGGUUGAAAUUAACUCCGUGGAGGAUCUCAUGAAUGCAUUGAAUUUCGGCUCGACCCUCCGACAGACAGAUGCGACGGCCAUUAACGCCAGGUCUUCCCGGUCCCACGCCGUGUUCAGUCUCAACUUGGUGCAGCGGAAGAGCGGCCUGCAGGGCUCAAAUGGGGCCGACAAGCGUUUCUCCGUGCCCAUCGAAGCUAUGACGGGAUCCGAGACCUGGGUUACCACAGACAGCAAGCUCCAUUUCGUCGAUCUGGCAGGUAGUGAGCGGCUGAAAAACACUGGCGCACAGGGCGAGCGUGCCAAGGAAGGUAUUUCCAUCAACGCUGGCCUGGCUGCGCUUGGAAAAGUCAUUUCACAGCUUUCAUCACGACAGGCCGGGUCGCACGUCUCUUAUCGCGACUCUAAACUCACCCGUCUCCUCCAAGACUCGCUCGGUGGAAAUGCCAUCACGUACAUGAUUGCCUGCGUGACACCUGCCGAGUUCCAUCUCAGCGAAACGUUAAACACCGUCCAAUAUGCACAGAGGGCCCGAGCCAUCCAAAGUAAGCCACGGAUUCAGCAGGUGGAGGAGGGUGACAAACAGGCCAUCAUUGAUCGUCUGAAGGCGGAGGUUGCCUUCCUGCGCGAGCAAGUCCGCAGCGCGGAGCGAGGCGGGGGCGAGAGGCGCAUCGCCUCCACGGGCGAGCGGUCUGAGCGACAAAAUGAACGUGAAAGCGAACUGCAAAAUCAGCUUCUGGACGUCCAAGAAAACUACACGACCCUGAGUCAACGUCACGCGAAGCUUAUUGCUGAGAUGGCCAAGGCCCGCGAUAACGAAGCUGCCGAAAACAAUCAACACGAGGAGUCCAUGGGCGACACGGCCACAGAAAGACUAAAUCGAUCAAACUCGUUCGCUGCUGCAGUCGAACAAGUCGUGCUCGAGUACGAGAAGACCAUUCAAACUCUUGAGCAAUCGCUAUCCAGCACGCGCGGCACACUCGCCAAUACCGAGGCAAAUCUGCUAGAAAAAGAGACCAAGUGCACGUACAUUGAGACCAUCAACACACAGCUACAGGCACGUUUACAAAAACUCAUGGAUAGGGAAGCGAGUACGGAAAAUUACCUCCACGACCUGGAGAAUAAGCUGGACGGCCACACCUCUGGGGAGGAAAAGAACACGACGAUCAUUGUGGAACUUCGCAAGGAGAUCUCGCGGAUCAGAGAGAAUGAAGCCUCUUGCGAGGACUACAUUUCUACCUUGGAGGAGCGACUCGCCGAGGCCGACCAGGAUGCAGAGCUGAUGCAGCGUGAGAUUGAUCGACUAGAGCAGGUGAUUGAACGCCAGCGAAGUCUCGGAAAGCUGGACUCUCUGCUCCACGAGCUGGACCAUAUUCAGGGCGACAGCAAAGUUCCAGAGCCAACUGCCGAAGCAUCGAACGGUGUUGCGCGCCAGAUUGCUGACCACAGUCGUAGCCAGUCCCAGUCGCGUGUUAUCCGCAUGAGCCAGAAUGAUAUCAUUCCUGAGAAUGCCGAAGAAGAAGCUGCGGCGGCAGCUGAGGCAACAGGUCCCGUUCAAAACGGCGAUCACAUUGAAAAUGGCACCAAUGUUGUGACACCUGAUGCGAAGGAGAACCUUCAGGCUGAUCUCAACGACUACCCCCCUCACAGCCCUGCUCAGUCCAAAUUUGUGCACGACAAGCUGGAGAACGUCACCCAGGAGCUCAUCGACUUGCGGGUAGAGCAUGAGACCACGGUCAAUGAAUACGACCUUCUGCACUCCAAGUACGAGGAAGCCCUACGCACCUUGGCAGAGCUUCAGGACACCAUCGACGAGUCUCGCCACCCCGAACGCAAGGUCCGAGACUCUAUGAUGUCUGUCACUUCUCCGAACCUCACCCGACCACCCUCGUUCUUCUCCGACGCCAGGUCGAGUGAUCUUAAAGACGGCGGCCAAUUUUCAUCACGGUCGCUUUCAUCAGAGCUUUCAUCGGCGUUGGAGUCGCCUGCCACGAUUGAUCCGUCUGACGCCGAGACGGCAGUGACUGCAAAGCCCGAGUCGAGUUCCGAACAUUUGUCAACGGAGGAUCUCAUGCACCAGGAUCUCCUGGCGACGGAGGUUGAGAGGUUCAAGACUCUUGCUGCCGAGAAGGAAGAUGCCGAGAAAGAGCUUGCCGAGAAGUACACACAGCUUGAACAGAAGCACCACGAAGCCCUUGAUAUGCUGGAGGAGCUCAAGACUGAAGUUGCCCAAGCAAAGGCAUUGGAGGCGUCGUCACCACGAACUGGUCAACCCGUCAUUCGCCGCAAAUCCAGCCAAAAUGUUAUGAUUAUCGACCGCGCUCAUCGAUCUUUUGCGUCGCUCCGCAACAUUGCCGCAGACAAUUUCGAAGGCCAGCCUGAUGUUAUGCAAAACUUUGAGCUUAACCUCAACGCCGCUAUGCAUGAGCUGCAUGCUCGCUCGGAGCGCAUUCAGGAGCUCGAGGCUGACAUUGCGUCCGCAAAGAAAGAGAUGGAAACCAAGAUGGCUCUAAUUUCUGGGCUCACUCGCGAGCGAUCUAGUUUGCAAGCGUCUCCGAUGGACAUGUCGAUGAUCUCCACCCUGAAGAACCAACUCGAGGCCAACGAGAAACAGAUGGCAGAAAUGAGAGAAACCCACGAAGCCACUGAGAAGAAGCUUAUGGCCGAGCUCGAAACAUUGCGCACUGCUGUGAGGGAUGCUCCUGAAGGUACUACCGAGACCUUGGUUGUGACUGCCGCGGCCGGUGCCGUUGCCGACAUCCCCAUGGCAUCGACCGAAGUCACCAACACCGAGUCAAGAUCUUUGCAGACCACAGAGGAGAACGACAAGAAGAUCAUCGAACUACAAGCCGAACUCACGGCAUGGGAGACGAAGCACCAGACUGCCCUCGACACCUUGCAAGAGACGGAGACAAAAAUGAAGAAGACAAUUGAAGAGCUCGAAACUGAAAUUGUAGCGCUGAACACGCAGGCCUCUGCCCACUCCACUGCUCGGAGUGCUGAAGAAGUCAAGGAAAUCGAGGAGAAGCACGAGACGCUGGUCAAGUCACUUCGCGACGAGAUCGACGAGCACAAGGUUGCCAUCACAACCAACUCUAGCAAGGUAUCCGAACUGGAAGCAGCGCAUGCUGCCACCAAGACGGAGCUGGAGGACGUUAUCAGGGCCCGCAACUUGCAUGAGACACAGGCUAAGACGCAGCAAAGUCUCAUCACGAACCUGGAGAACCAGAUUACGGCCCACGAGCAGGCCCUGAAGACGCAUCAAGAUGGUAUGAAGCUGCUUCAGGAGAACCACGCAAAGGAGCUUGAGGAAAUGAAGCAGAUGGAGCAGAAGGGAUACGAGGAGCAGGUCGCAGUCUUACUCAACGAGCAUGCGGAAAAUGUCAGAGCCCUCGAAUGCGAGCUUAAUGACGCCCGGGAAGAUCUCAUGAAGGUCGCCACCCAAGUUGCGUUCGCUCUUGGUCUGGAUGUCAGCAUCGAGAAGAUCACAGAGCGUAUCGACGACUUAAUUGCCGACCAGAAGGCCUUGGGCGAGGAGCAGAAGAAGUCGAGCGCAGCUGAGAAGCAGGUUGCCGAGUUGUCGACCGUUAACGACAACCUGGUCAAGGAACUUGAGCAGGCCAAAUCGACGCUGACCGAUCUCCUUACUGCGGAGGGCGAGCCUCUGAAGAGCCCUGCUCCUCUCCCCGAUCAGCUGUCUGCUAUUCGUAAGAAGAUUUCAGACCUGCAGAGCCGGAACAAGAAGAACUCUCGCCUUGUGGAGGAGCUCGAGGAUCAGCUACAGAGCAACUUUGAUCAGGUCCAAAUGACCAACAACCGCCUGUCCACGCUGCAGACAGAGCGCAACUCACAGAUUGAGGAAGCCCAGGCUGCCAAGUUCAAGGCCGAAAGUGAGCUUGAUUCACUCAAGGCCGAAUACGCGGCCCUCCAGGCCAAGAUUGACGAAGCGUCGGCUUCUGGCCAAGUCCAAAGAUCCAACUCGAUUAGCUCGCCGCUGCGAAAGAGCGCCUCUGUUGCAUCUCUGCCCUCUCCGCCGCCGGCCAUCCCCUUGCCACCGCUGCCCGGCGCGUCGUCCGGCCCCAAUGGCACGGUGCCAAGCACACCCACUCAAGCAGGUCGACCUGGCAGCAAAGACAACAUGGGCUCCGCCAACCAAAUCCAAGAAGACCAGGAGGCUCGCAUCCGCACCAUCGAGAAACAUCUGCAGGCCGAGAAGCAACUCACCCAGACUCUGGAGGAGGCUCUCACCGAUCUCGAGCGCCAGUCGAACAAGGUCAAGGCCGACAGCGAUGCUUGGCGCAAGCGCUGCGUAGAGUUGGAGUCCGAGGUCAAGGAGCUCAAGGACCGUCCCGCGCCUACGCCGCAAGCCGACAACCGCUGGAGCUUGCAUGCUGUUGAGGAGGAACGCAAGAAGCGCCAGGCUGCCGAGGCACAGCAGCGUCUUCUUGAAGAGCGCAUGAAUGCACUGUCCAAGAAGAAGAAGAAGGGUUCCCUCAACUGCUUCUAG